AUGCCAAACUCUAAUAGUAGAACAGCCCCAGAGAAGAAAGUUGAUGAAUCUGUUGGCUAUCAAGAGAUUUACAGUCAGGAGGAGAGUGAACUUGAAAAUGCCAGAGCUGAAAUGGGUGAGGUGAGAGAAGAAAAUGCCAGACUAAAAUUGACCUUACAGCAUAUGGAGAAGGAUUACCAGUCUCUCCAAUGUCGUUUUUUUGACAUCCUUAGACAAGAGGCUUCCAAGAAAGCUACAAAUGUUGAUGUUGGUGUUCAUCGAAUCGAAGAACCCAAUCAGCUCUUGUCUCUUCGCCUCGGAAGAAGUCCAAGGGAGCCCAAAAAUGAUGAAACUAAUACCACCAACUUCAAACUUGUACAAGUUGAUCAUGAAGACUUGAAUGCCAACCUUACUCUUGGAUUAGGUAACUCUAAAUUAAUGGAGUUGCCUAUGGAGCUUGUGCGUAGCCAAAAACCUCAGGAGACUAGUUUGGAAGAGCCCAAGGAUCAUUCAGAAGCUGGAGCUGGAGAAUCUUUGCCUCCAUCAAGUAAAACACCAAAGACAACGAGAAAUGAAGAUGAUGAAGUUCCACAGCAGGCCAAUGCAAAAAGAGCUAGGGUUUCCGUCAGAGUUAGAUGCGAUACCCCAACGAUGAACGAUGGAUGCCAAUGGAGAAAAUACGGACAGAAGAUUGCAAAAGGAAAUCCAUGCCCACGAGCAUAUUACCGCUGCACAGUUGCACCAGCAUGCCCUGUGAGAAAGCAGGUGCAAAGAUGUUAUGAGGAUAUGUCUAUCUUAAUCACCACCUACGAAGGAACCCACAACCAUCCGCUUCCAUUCACAGCCUCUUCCAUGGCUUCCACCACCGCUGCGGCAGCUUCCAUGCUAUUGUCUGGCUCCUCCACAUCUCUGCCGGGUUUCUGUUCCACAGACACUCUACUCAAUGGAUCAGAUUUUGGUGUCUUUGAUAGUUCAAGAACAAACCAGCUCUACUUGCCCAAAUCUUCCAACCCUUUGCUCCCCACAAUCACUCUAGACCUCACUGCUUCUCCAUCCUCUUCACCAAUCCAUUUGAAUAGGCUGUCUUCUAGCUUUGCUUCAGCUUGCACAUUCCCUUCAAGCCUCAGCUUUUGUUCCUCAGAGUCCAACAUUUCGCCCAACAGUAAGGGCAAUGGAUACCUUAAAUAUGGCUCACUGCCGUUUGACAAAGGGUCCUUCAAUCUAGAUCAACCUUAUGCAGAAAAGAAUCACCAAUCUUCUUCUCAGGUGUCUUUAACAGAAUCUUUAACCAAGGCAAUCACGUCAGACCCUAAUUUCAAAUCAGUAAUUGCCGUAGCACUUUCAUCCAUGGUUGGAGGUGGUGCUGCUACUCAUCAAAACCAAGGCGAAGGCGAAAGAUUAGGACACCACUUGAAGUGGAGUGAAGCUGCUCGUCAGUUUACUUCUCAUAAUCCAUUGAUACAGAACGGGAAAGGAUGCAGCACACCGAGCAUUUUCAACAGAUUGUCAUCUUCAGACUCUCAAAAGUGA